CUUCCUGGGAAUGCCCCCACCAUAUAAAGAGCCUCUCUGUAUGUCUCUCUGAGAGCAUGAGCAUUCACAGGGGGAGGGCAGAGAUGAUACUGUUACUAUUGGGGAUGUGUCCUACAAACUCAGAACACCAAAGAAUCCAGAACUGGUCCCAGUGAACUACAUUUCAGAUUCUCUAGCUCAGUCUGUGAUUCAGCAUCUAAGAUGGAUCAUGCAGAAAGACCUUCUGGGCCAAGAUGUUUUCCUUAUUGGACCUCCAGGGCCUCUUCGACGUUCUAUUGCCAUGCAGUACUUGGAACUGACCAAACGAGAGGUAGAAUAUAUGGCACUUUCCAGGGACACAACAGAAACUGAUCUCAAACAGCGGAGGGAGAUCCGAGCUGGCACUGCCUACUACAUUGACCAAUGUGCAGUGCGUGCAGCUACAGAAGGUCGGAUCCUGGUUCUAGAAGGUUUGGAGAAGGCUGAGCGGAACGUCCUCCCGGUCUUGAACAAUUUGCUGGAGAACAGGGAAAUGCAGCUGGAAGAUGGCCGCUUCCUCAUGUCAGCUGAACGUUAUGAUAAACUGCUGAAGGAGCAUGAAAAAGAAGAGUUGGAUGCAUGGAGGAUUGUUAGAGUCAGUGAAAACUUCAGGGUGAUUGCACUGGGCCUUCCUGUACCCCGAUAUUUGGGUAACCCAUUAGACCCACCACUUCGGUCUAGAUUUCAGGCUAGAGAUAUUUAUUACCUACCCUUUAAGGACCAUCUUUCACAGCUGCACUUUGUUGGAAAUAAUGUUUCAACAGAAAGGAUCUCACAGCUGUUGUCUUUUGCAACGACUCUCUGCACCCAAGAAUCUUCUUCAUUGGGUCUUCCUGAUUUCCCCUUAGAUAGUUUAUCCUCUGCUGUGCAGAUUCUGAACUCCUUUCCUAUGAUGUCAGUGCGGCAUAUAAUCAACUGGCUUUAUCCAUAUAAUGUUUUGCUAGGGAAGGAAGGCCAGACAGCUGUAGAAGAUGCCUUAAAACGAUUUGAGCUCCAAGAUUCCAGAAGAUUUUCUGUUCCUACAAAUGUUAUAAAUGUGAAGAAGAGGGAGGAUGACAAAAGCUUGCAGGCUGAUGUUACCAUUCAGAUAGCUGGAGAAACUGUGACAUUUCAGGUUCCUGCUGGGGCUCAGCUCUCAGGCCAGAGGUCUGAAGCAGAUGGGUUUGUCAAAACUUCCAGCCAUGAACAGCUGUUGGCUGAAAUGAUGCAGUCUCAUAUGGUUAAGGAUAUCUGUUUGAUUGGACAAAAAGGUUGUGGCAAAACUGUUGUGGCUAAGGCGUUUGCAGCUGUGUUGGGAUAUCACAUAGAACCUAUCAUGCUUUAUCAGGAUAUGACAGCUCGAGAUCUCCUGCAGCAAAGGUACACUCUGCCCAACGGGGACACCUCCUGGAGACCUUCUCCACUGGUAACAGCUGCCCUCCAGGGGAAGCUUGUCAUUCUAGAUGGUAUUCACCGGGUCAAUCCAGGCACACUAGCUGUCCUUCAAAGGUUGAUUCAUGAUAGAGAGAUUACACUUUACGAUGGUACCAGGUUGCUGAGGGAAGAUAGAUACCGAAAGCUACAAGAACAGCUGCAUCUUUCAGAUGAGGAACUACAGCAAAGGGCCAUUUUUCCCAUCCACCCCUCGUUCAGACUAAUUGCACUGGCAGAGCCUCCUCCUGUUGGAAGUACCACUCAGCAGUGGCUGGGCCCGGAGCUCUUAACUCUUUUCCUUUUCCAUUAUGUAAAGCCACUAAGCAAGAGUGAAGAAAUUCUAGUUAUUCAAGAGAUGGUUCCAAAUGUACCUGGUGCCGCAGUGGAGAAGUUAUUGAAGUUAACACACAAACUUCGUGAGACAAAUGAUCCCACUGCACAGUCUCUAGCUUCAUCCUUAUCUACGCGCCAGUUAUUGAGAAUCUGUCGGCGACUCUCUCACUACCCGGACGAAAGUCUCCACCACGCUAUCAAUAAAGCUUGUCUUUCCAGGUUUUUACCCAAUCUUGCAAAAUCUGCCUUACAUAAAAUCCUGUUGGAUGCUGGGAUCGAAUCAAGCUCUGCUGAUACCCAGAAAAUGGAGGGAAGAGACUAUAGCUGUGAAAUUAAUUCAGGAAUCCUCAAGAUUGGGAGUGUCAGCAUUCCAGUUUACAACCCCUAUGAGAACAUGAAAGUGCCUGAUGUUCUUUUCUAUGAAAAUACUCAACAUAUGAUGGUGAUGGAAGAUAUGUUAAAAGACUUUUUGCUUGGGGAACAUCUUCUUUUAGUUGGCAACCAGGGUGUGGGGAAAAAUAAAGUGGUUGACAGAUUCCUUCAGUUGUUAAAUCGACCAAGAGAAUAUUUACAGCUCCACAGAGAUACCACUGUGCAGAGUCUUACACUUCAGCCUUCUGUGAAAGAUGGCCUAAUUGUAUAUGAAGAUUCUCCACUAGUGAAAGCUGUCAAAAAGGGGCACAUUCUAAUGAUCGAUGAGGCAGACAAGGCACCAACAAACGUUACCUGCAUUUUAAAAACUUUAGUGGAAAGUGGCGAAAUGAUUCUAUCUGACGGGAGACACAUUGUUUCUAAUCCUGCUGCUGCGGAUGGAAGAAAGAAUGUAAUAGUCAUUCAUCCUGAUUUUAGGAUGAUUGUUUUAGCAAACAGACCAGGGUUUCCUUUCUUGGGCAAUGACUUUUUUGGAACACUUGGCGAUAUAUUUAGCUGUCAUGCAAUUGAUAACCCUAAACCAAAUUCAGAGCUUGCAAUGCUUCGGCAAUACGGGCCUGAUGUUCCUGACCCAGUUCUCCAGAAACUGGUAGCAGCUUUUGGAGAGCUCCGAAACUUGGCCGACCAAGGAAUUAUCAAUUAUCCUUACUCAACUAGAGAAGUAGUGAAUAUUGUCAAACAUUUACAGAAGUUUCCAGCAGAAGGACUGGCAAAUGUUGUUCGAAAUGUCUUUGAUUUUGAUUCCUACCACAAGGAAAUGCGUGAGAUAUUAAUUAGGACUUUACAUAAACAUGGAAUACCUAUUGGAGCAAACCCCACCAAUGUACAGAUGGCUAAGGAAUUGCCAUUGCCAGGACCAAAAUUUAUGGGCUACUGGAAAGUCAAUCAGUUGGGGAAUUCACGACGAAGACUGUUGUGUCCUACGGAAACACAUCGCGUAGAUGUAAAGGGUCCAAUGUAUUUAAAUGUGCAGGCAUUCCCACUGGAGCGGCACGAAGCAAGAGCCUUGAGUUUUACAGAAGAACUAGCAUUUUGGGCCCUGCCCUUGAACGAGGUUAACUUAGUGUGUGAUAUUGCUACGUCACAAGAGUAUGAAGAUGAAACUUCCCUUUAUGUGGCAACCUGCAAUCCAGUGUCCUUAUAUUUUAUGAACAUAUCUGGUAAAAAUGGAUACUACAUGGACCUCUAUGAUAUCUUUCCACGAACACUUCGAGGCAUGUGGCAACCUUUUGUCAGACUGGCACCCCUUGGUAAUCCUCUCAAAGGUCAAGUAAUUCUCCAUGAAGAGCAGAACAACGUUGUUUUAUUGCUGGACACAAACACUGGUGCCAUACGCCGACUCUCACUGGAACCAGAUAUGCCAGAGUCUCCUAAAGGAAUAUCCUGGUGGGGGGGCAAGCAAGAGGAGAAGACAAGUCACAAAAUGUGCAAAGAAUUUUCGCACAAGAACUGGCUGGUGUUCUACAAAGAGGAAGGGAGCCAUCUUACCGUUCUCGAUGUCCUGGAGGGCAACGCGCAUACCAUCUCCUUGCCAAUCAGCCUCAAGUCUGUCUUUUUAGUGGCUGAAGACCAGUGGCUCCUGACGGAAAAUAAAACCAACCAGAAGUACCUGUUGACUAAGCCAAUGCAUCUGGAAAUGGAAGAGACUGGAGUAAGCCAAUUACACGCACUGGCCGAGGAAUCAGUGGAAACUGGAUUUGGGCAAACAACAAUUUUUGAACCUUAUGUGCCCCAGGCUGUUUCUCGGGAUCAAUUGUCUUCCGAGAACUUAAGCAGAGCAAUUGAGCAGAAAAUCAGUUCCCCCAAUCGGAUGUUCUCUAACCAGCAAGAUUAUGCAACUCUGGUGGUUGGAUUCCCAGAUCUCAUGUCACCCAAUGAGGUUUACAGCUGGAAGAGAGGCUCCCCCCUGGGCAGUAGACAGUUUUCACCUGCUGAUCCACUUUAUUAUGGAAAACGUAGCAAAAGUGGAGUGGCAAAACAAGCCAAUUGUGUGACUCUUGCUGCUGCUAAUCAAGUGGUGAGACUUUUAGCCCCUGGAGAUGUGCCUCUGAAGGAACUAUAUCCUAAAGAUGUUACUCCUCCCCAAACUGCUGGAUACUUGGAAAUUACAGAUCUUACAACUAAGAAGAUUAAAUAUAUUCCUAUUCCCGGAUCAAUGAAUCUGUCUCCGUACACAUCCUGGCUAUCAAUGAUUUCAGACACUGAUGCCUUGUUGGCUUCACUAGGGAAAAAUGGAGUGGUGACUGUAGACAUGGGGGGCAAUAUCAGACUCUGGGAAACCAGUCUAGAAAGUCUUGAAAAAUCACUCCAGGAAUGGAGAACCAUGAUCGGGCAAGAGGAUGGCAGGCCUGUGCAGAUAACUAUCCAAAGGGACAGUGGUUUGGACGUCAGCUCUCCUAAACAUGGGAAGAUAGAUCUAGACAAUGCCCCUCAUGUUGGAGGAAACACUUGGGCUGGUGGGACAGGUGGGAGAGACACUGCUGGCUUGGGAGGCAAAGGGGGUCCCUACAGACUGGAUGCUGGUCACCAGGUGUACCAGAUAUCUCAAGCUGAGAAAGAUGCUGUACCCGAAGAGGUGAAAAAAGCCGCCAGAGAAAUGGGUGAAAAAGCUUUUAAGCAGAGAUUAAGAGAGAUCCAGAUGAGUGAAUAUGAUGCAGCAACAUAUGAAAGAUUUUCUGGAGCUGUUCGAAGACAGGUUCAAUCACUCCGAAUUAUUCUAGAUAACUUACAGGCCAAAGGGAAGGAAAGACAGUGGCUAAAACAUCAGGCAGUUGGAGAACUGGACGAUGCCAAGAUAAUUGAUAGUCUGACUGGGGAAAAAACCAUCUAUAAGCGACGUGGAGAACUUGACCCACAACUUGGAAGUCCUCAGCAGAAAUGCAAGCGCCUCUGCCUGGUGGUGGACGUCUCUGGCAGCAUGUACCGUUUCAAUGGAGUCGACAGACGACUCGAGCGAUCCAUGGAAGCUGUUUGCAUGGUUAUGGAAGCGUUUGAGAAUUAUGAGCAGAAAUUUAAGUACAAUAUCAUUGGCCACUCAGGAGAUGGUUUCAACAUUGUCCUGGUCCCCAAUGACAAAGUUCCAAAGGACAAUAAACAGAGACUAGAGAUUCUAAAGAUUAUGCAUGCUCACUCUCAGUUCUGUAUGAGUGGAGAUCAUACUCUGGAAGGCACAGAGCAUGCCAUCCAAGAGAUCGCAAAAGACGAUGCAGAUGAAUAUUUUGUCAUAGUCUUAAGUGAUGCCAACCUGGAGCGGUACGGCAUUCCUCCCGCAAGAUUUGCACAAGCCUUGACUAUCAAUCCCAAAGUGAAUGCUUUUGCCAUAUUCAUUGGCUCCUUGGGGGAUCAAGCAGACAGAUUGCAAAGGACAUUACCUGCAGGUCGUUCUUUUAUUGCUAUGGACACCAAGGAAAUUCCACAGAUUUUGCAACAGAUUUUCACAUCCACCAUGCUUUCAAGCUCUUAGAAAAGACUUUUAUUGAAUAACUUGACUGUUCAACAUGCAAGACCAGCUCAGAGCAGUCAAAAUGACCUGUUGAUCGGAACUGGAGCAUUAAUCCCUAAUCUUUAUAUUGAACUAAAUAUGCUUUAUAUUGGAGUACAUAUUAUACUUGAAUUAAAGUGACCUAAAUCAUGCUAUUCUUCAAUAAAGAG